AUGCAUUCCCACAUUCGGCCCCAUACGCACGUCGCGUUGCGCCUGCCGUCGGGCAUCUUGAAGAUCGUCGAGCUCAAACCCAACACGAAUAUUUUCCUGGGCAAAUUCGGAACCUUCAACUCGAACCUGCUACUCGGCCGACCGUACUACAACACAUACGAGCUUCUCGACAAAGAUGACGGGAAGAAGAACGCCGAGCUGCGCGUUGUACCGGCAGCAGAGCUUCACGCAGAAGCUGUAGGAGACGCUCAUGCGCCUCAACCCGUGGGAGAGGAAGCGGACGAGAAUGCCGAGGGUGGCGCUGGGUUCGACAUUGUGGGGGCAGACGGCGAGGUCAUUAUGCGCAACAACCGUCUCACAGUCGAUGAUGCGACACGGCAGACACUUACUAUGGAAGAGAUUGAAGAGCUGAAGAAGGCCGGCACGGGGUCAGGAAAAGAGAUCAUUGCGAAGAUUAUGGCGUCGCAUCAGGCCAUCAGUGAGAAGACAGCUUUCUCGCUGGCGAAGUACACGCUCCGGAAGUCGCGCAAGUUCUUGAGAAGAUUCACAGCGCUGCCACUGGACGUUGGGCGAUUAGCGGAGCACAUACUGGAGAAAGAGGCGUACAGGAUCAUGGAGCUGCGAGAGGAAUCGCUCGGCCUGAUUUCCAGCUGGUCAAACAUCCACUGCGGUGCCACAAGCCGCCUCCUGAAAGCGGAAGACGGCAUAAGCCAGAUUGGCGGCGGUCGCUGGCUCGUAGUCGACGACACCGGCGGUCUCGUCGUCGCAGCACUCGCCGAGAAGAUGGGCCUCCUUUACCCUACCGAAGAAUCGGACGACACAUCAGACGACGACGAAAAACCCACAGAAACUCCCUCGAACGAGCAACAACCCUCCACGGACACCGUCAUGACCGAUGCCGACCAGUCCGCCGACCCCUCCAACCCCACAGAUCCAUCCAACCGCCCUCGAAAGGCCCCACGACCACACAUUCCGCAAAUGUCCGCCUACACAAACACCCUCACCAUCUUGCAUCCCAACAGCCAACCCAACCUCGCCUGCCUCAAAUUCUUCGGCUACGACGUCGGGCAACCCGCUCCCACGCACCCGCUGUACAGGCACCUGAAAUCACUAUCCUGGCUCUCGCUCAUCGCGCCAGAAGAUGACCCGUCGUACAUUGAGCCAGAGCAGCUCUCGGCAACGGAGCUCGAAAGCAUGAAAUCCAGCAAACGGGGCAACUACUACAAGAAGAGGCGGCGGUGGGAGAAGACAAAGCGCGUUGUUGAUGAAACGAAGAGAGGUGGCUUUGACGGUCUGGUUGUCGCGACGAGUAUGGACGUCAAGGGCGUGCUGAGGGAGCUCGUGCCACUGGUCAGAGGAGGCGGGAAGGUCGUCGUAUACCACCAGAACGUCGAGCCUCUCGUCGAGCUGGUGGACUGCUACAGCAAAGAGCGCCGCGCAGCCUUCAUUGCCAAGGAGUUUGGCGAGCAAGGGCACAACGGAAAGAGGGCACUUGAGGUGGAAAAUGGUGUUGCGGAAGACGAGGAGGACUUCCCGGUCAACCCUACACUACUGCUUGCGCCAAGUUUGCAGACGGCGCGCGCUAGGCAAUGGCAAGUGCUGCCAGAGCGGACGCAUCCUAUGAUGACGAGCAAGGGUGGUGCUGAAGGCUAUCUGUUCACCGCGACAAGAGUCAUACCGGUCGAAGGCCGGGUGGAGGCGAGAGGGCACGGGACGAGGAAGAAGAGGAAGACGGUGGCUGAAUCCUGA